CUCAGGGCUGCCUCAUCCUCUUCAUCGUGUACUCCUUACCAUUCACUUCGCACAUCUCGUUGUAGACCAAUUCAUUCGUUCCUCUCUCCCUCCUUUCGCUGCUGUUGUACUACUCCAUAUCCCAACCCGCUCAUUUUCCCAAAGUCGGUUCUGUCGAAAGCAUUUCCAAUCAUUCCAUACAUCGAGCGUCGCAAGCCCGUUCUUUUGAAACACCAAGAAUCCCCACCACUCACGAACUGCGUACGACGCUCACACUGUCUGAGCUUGCGAAACCACCACCAGUACCAGCCCCCCUUUACCCAGCAACCACGAUUCCGUAUAUCGACCGGCCUUCACCGUGUCUUCCUUUCCUUUCAAUAUGCCAUCAACCAAAAUGCGCAGUCGACCACAAGUCUACCCACGCCUGGCCUUCCACAUCAUCCGGGCCAUCGCCUUCAUCAGCGCAGUCAUUGUCUCCGGCAUCCUGACAUACUUCUGCAUCCAGCUCAAACAUGACGGCUUCAAGUUACCUUGGACCUUUAUUGUCAUCCUCCUAGGAACCCUCCUCUCCAUCCUCGCCCUCCUCGUCACCCAACUGGUCUACUCCUGCGCCUUCCUGAACCCGCUGGUGAACCUGUUCUCCAACGUCCUCAUCCUGCUGGUCUGGACCGUCGGCCUCGCCCUGCUCACCUGGAACAUGUACGGCGCGCUGGGCCACUCGUGCAGCCGCUCCAACUGGGCCAGCGACGACGGCAUGAUGGUCUGCCGCACGUACAAGGCUCUGUACUCGUUCAGCGUGUUCGGCUGGCUCGCCCAAGUCGCCCUGAUCGUUCUGGACAUCCGCAGCCGCCGCCGCCAAACCGCCCUGGGCCGCUACAACAAGAUGAUGGACUCGGGCCCCGGUGAGCGGGACGUCAAGUUGGACAACCUCGAUGAUCGCAACUCGACCACCUCCUCACUGCAUUCGCAUUCGCACUCGCAUUCUCAAGACAAUGUGCCCUACGGAGUCCCAGACUACGCCAGCACGCGGCCGACGUACAGGCCCGCACCGACGCAUUCGGCUUCGGAUUAUAGUGGGAAUGCUACUCAUGGUCAGGUCAGGAUGGACCAUUUUGGCACCAAUUACGAUCGAUUCGCACCGCAAAGUUACGCGAACAAUGGUUAUGGAUACGGACCGCAGAGAUGAACGGCUUACCGAGUACACCCGGUCAUGAUAUAGCGAGGCCAGUCUUACUAGAUGGAAGUCAUCUAACUUGCUCAUAAGUAGUGAACAGGAGGAAAAGUGUCGAUAUGUCGGAAUGCCAGGUCGGACGUGUCGAUAUAUAACAGAGGUCCGAUGGUCUUGGACUAGGUAUGAUAUGACUGUAUAUACGUAUGUUUUAACGACCAAGAUGAGAUGCAUAGCGAUGGCGUUUCAAUUGCAAUUCAUGGAGCAAUAUACCACUGAACGUUGAUCAAUAAUUUGGUUCUGAUUUUCGAUGAGAAACAAUGCCACAGCAAAAAAUCAAAGCACA